CUGGAACUAGAGAAAGCCUGCGCGCAGCGGCGAAGACCCGACGCGGCCGAAAAUAAAUAAAAUAAAUAAAAAAGUAAUAUAGACACUUAAAGAAAAAAAAGAAGAGGGACUUCCUGCCUGGCACUGGGCUGGGCAUGCCUUCGUCAUCCUAACCAGGAUGCAGACCUGCUGGACUGGCCUGGCAGGGUGGCAGUGCCAGCCGCUGGGCCGGGACACACCUGCCCUGAGUCCCUUUGGACUGUUUGUGGAUGAGUGUGGUGAAACCCAGCGUCUCAGGUCAUAGGAUCACUCAACAGGUGUAGAGGUGUGCCAGGAGCUGCCACCAGGAGGGGCACCUGUGUGAGGGUCAGGGAGGCCCCCAGUGACCAGGGGUUGGCUGCGGCCCAGCGGGGCACCCCCCACCCCCCAGUGCCCUGUGGGGUUAGCCGUGGGGGGGGCAGGUAUUUGCUUCUGCUGCCUGGGUUUGCUCGGCAGGUCCUUAGGGGAGGAGGCUGAGGUUAACCCCAGCCGUGCCAGCCUCCUGUGGACAGCGCUUGCCUGGUCUGCGAGAGGCUGCACAGGGGACAGACUGCGGCGGUGGUCGUGAGCUCUAACUGUAAUGACACACUUAAGCCAGAGCCCCAGCCACCUGCUCCUUGAGGGUGUUCUGCGAAACACUGCUGGGGCCCGUAUGGGGCGGUGGGUGCGUGUCCACCCCCCGGGCCUCACUUGGUCCCUGCUUAUUCCAGUCUUGGGGAGAGGGUGGUGACAUCAGUCAGCUGGAUCCCAGGCCCCACCUAAGCUGCCGCAGCCCUUAUCCUGACAGGGAAACUGAGGCCCAGGCUUGCCCACUGUGGACCUCUCUGGGUUUCCAAGCCGCUGCCUCUGCGACCCCAGGGUCCCAAGUGCAGCCGCUGCCCCUUUGCCGUGAAGCGCUCUCCUUCCAAGACCACGGCAGCCCCACCACUGCCCCUGCCCCAGAUCUGGCCAGGGCACUCUGGAGUGACUCCCAGGCCCCGGCCGCCCUACCUGCCCUACCCUGGGGCUGCCUGCCCAGGGCUUCUCGGAGCCCAGCACCUGAGGGCGGUGCCCAAGGCGAGGCCCUGCCCCCACCUUCCCUGCCUCACAGCUCCAUUGUGAGGUCAGCGCCUUCCGAUGAGUUCUUUCCAGAGGCGUGGAGAUGGCCCCCUGUCUCCAGCCUGACUCCUGCCUGGUUGGCCGCCCCCUCGGCCUGAUAUGUUUGUCCCUUUUGCUCAUCCCUGCUGCAGCUGGGACCUACUGUGAGUGUAGCCUUGGCCUCAGCCACAAGGCCCUCAUUGCCCUGCUGGUGGUGCUGGCGGGUAUCAGCGCCAGCUGCUUCUGCGCUCUCAUCAUCGUGGCGGUUGGCGUCAUUCGAGCCAAGGGUGAAAGAUGCCCCGGACACGUGGAGAGCAGGUUGGUGGGGCACUGCGGGGCUCAGGAAGAUCACAUGGACCUGCACGCGGUGCACAUGGGGUCCCACCUCAUGGCCCCUGAAAUGGAGGUCUCCAUGAUGCCGCCCCUGGAAGAUCACGGCCUCACGACCAUCACCGUGGACUCGACCCUAGAGGAGCUGCCCCCACAACCCCUGCCGCCUCAGUAGGGCUUUGGGCAGCUGGGGGAAGGGGAAUUAAACAGUAGUUAGCAGGUCUGCGUUGUCCUCCCUGCUGGCCCCCCUCGAGCCCUUCUGCAGAUGCUAUUGGGGUGGGGGAGGGGUCUGCGUCGCCUCCUGUCUCUUCAGUGGGGUGCCCAGUGCCCAUGCUGGGCUCCCGCUGUCCACCCUGCAGGGCAGGGAGCACACCCCUGGGGUUUCCACUUCCUGCCAUCGUGGCGUCAGCCCAGCUCCUCCCUGCAUCUUCCUGCUGCUUUGUCCCAUGAAGCAGACAGCCCCC